GACUACUUAUAACACUCCAAAAUUUUCCAUUUAAUACUUCUCUUUCAUUUCUUCAUACUACUCUGCUAUUGGCUCAAAAAUAUAUUUCUUCUACCUCUGCAAUCUCCGUCUCCUUCAAAUCCACCUUUCUCACCACUUUCAUCACCUUAAGGUCAGGGUUUGGAGUUGAAGGUACGGGGGCUAAUUGAUGGCGUCGAAGAGGAUAUUGAAGGAGCUCAAGGAUCUGCAAAAGGAUCCUCCCACAUCAUGCAGUGCUGGUCCAGUGGCAGAGGAUAUGUUCCAUUGGCAAGCAACAAUCAUGGGGCCUACAGAUAGCCCUUAUGCUGGAGGUGUAUUUUUGGUUUCAAUUCAUUUCCCUCCGGAUUAUCCUUUCAAACCUCCAAAGGUUGCCUUCAGAACUAAGGUUUUCCAUCCCAACAUCAAUAGCAAUGGAAGUAUAUGCCUGGACAUUCUCAAGGAGCAGUGGAGUCCAGCAUUAACCAUAUCGAAGGUCUUGCUGUCCAUCUGCUCUCUGUUGACAGACCCAAACCCAGAUGAUCCGCUUGUACCAGAAAUUGCUCACAUGUACAAGACUGACAGGGCCAAAUACGAAACCACUGCUCGUAGCUGGACUCAGAAAUAUGCUAUGGGAUAAUGCGCAAAAUCAUCUCCAGGCAUGUCUGGGACUUUUGUCACAGCAAUGUCUUGUUGUGCUUGGGGUGAAUGAAUAAAUUCCAUGAAAGAACUUAGUUUACUUCUUAAUCUCCCUUCCUGUGGGUUGUCAAGGGACCAGGUCUUUUCAAUUUGUGAAUAUCUAUUUGAUGACUAGCAAGGGAGAAACUGCAAUGUAAUUCUACUUUGUUUGCCAGUUUGACAUCUGCCUUUUCCCUAGUUAUGCUAAUUUGUCUGACAAAUAUGGUGAGAUCUCUUGAAGUUUGGGUUUGAUUCACAGUUGUCAACCUCAAAUCUCAUCUGGUACCACUGUUGAAAAUGAAAAUGGAGAUAACAAGCAAUUUUAUUAUUACAAGUA